AUGGGGGAGAAAUUGGUGUUCAUGUGGGGGUAUAUUCCGGGGGCGUUGUCGCCGGUGGUGGUGCGGCCACCCAACGGGGGAAAUCCUUGGAAGGAUGUUUGCGGCGGUGGCUGCGGUUUCGCCAUGGCAAUUUCUGAUGCCUACUCUGGUGCUGUGCUGUUUCACUUUGCUGAAUUCAGCUGCAAUGUUCGCCCCGCCCUAGAUUCACGGCUUUCUAUUGUUGUGGACAGAUUCUGGGAAGCUCAUUACAUGGGGAUCCAAAGUUAUGUGACUUGUGGGAAACACGGGCUAGCUGGUGGGGAAGUUUAUACAUGGGGGUGGAAAGAAUGCGUGUGUUCCUUCUGGAAAGUUACACUGACUUACAAGUUGAAGAUCAUCUCUUUUGCAGUGAGUCCUCGCUCCCAUGGUUCACGAUCAUGUGGAGGGUCUGAUGAAAAGUCUAAGCGAGCUGAAGGCUCAGCAUCCGGAGCUCUUUCUGCAUUCCCUUGUUUGGUUUCACUCAACCCAGGCAUUACGAUUGCUGGUGGUUGA